CGGAGACCCCCAAUAGCAUCCCUCCGGCCGGCAACGAUUCCUACUCCGGGUCGUUCAUUCCCUCGUCUGUCAACGUCCUCUGACUUACAAGGACCGUAGCCAAAAUAAGGGCACGCCUAGACACUCCCUUCACAAUGGAAUCCGGUCCCACAGAGCUCGCGGCCACCAUCCAAGCCGCGCAUAUCAACAGACACCCAGAUCCGAAGCUCGAUCUCAACCCGUCUACAGCCUCCUCGACUAGAGAACCAGUGAUACUUCGAAGCUUGAGGCAUGCCAGCGAUGAUGAAAUAGACGAGGAAGACGAAGAAGAUAUCCCAUACAGCGUCCUGCAGCCCGCACCUCGGUCAUACAAUCUCCCCCCUCUGCCAGACCUACGAUUCGAACAGAGCUACCUUCGAAGCAUCUCCAAGGCAGAUACUUGGUGGAAGGUGGUAUUAAUCACAACCAGGGAUCAGAUUAUGAUGCCCUUAGCGCAGGGUCUGCUAUACAACCUAUUCCUAUGUGGCUGGCAACAUUGGAACAGGAAUGCCCGACUACAUGGCAACACAAUAGGCGCCCGGGCUCGCAGAUGGUGGUAUGAAGUGAACAACUGGCCGUUACAGACUCGGGGUAGUCCGAGAAGGCGGUUCUAGACACGAGAGACCAACCAAAGUGAAGUGUACAUAAAUAUUGUAAUCUAACCCGAAGAAUACCUAUGA